ACUCAUCGGAAGUUGUCUUUCUCCCUUGUCGGUUAACGUUGAUGCACUAAAAAUGAAGAUAGACUUGCAACUCGUCAAUAGUUCAAAUGGCGUGUUCUACGCUGGUCAAGUGGUAGAGGCCGUAGUUCAAGUGCACACCCAACACGAAGAGGAAAUCAGAGGCAUUAAAAUCAAGUACAAGGGAAAAGCCAAAGUGGAGUGGAAAGAGGGAAGCGGAGAAGAGGAAAGGGAAUAUGAUGCAAAGGAAAAAUAUUUUGAACAUGAGCAGUGGAUCAUCAGUGGAGGCCACAUUCUGCAGCCUGGAACCACAAACUACCCUGUCAGCUUUAUCCUACCACCAAACCUGCCAUCCUCAUUUGAGAGUUACUAUGGUUACAUAAGGUAUAAUGUCAAGGCAAAAGUGGACCGGGAAGGUAAAGACUACAAAGUCCAGUACCCAUUUACAGUGCUGAGUCAUGUGGACCUGAACAUGGAUCCCAAUAACGGGAUGCCGGCCCAGCUUCAGGAAUCAAAGAUGAUUUGCUGUCUGUGUUGUGCAACAGGUCCCGUCAGUGCAGUGUUCAAAAUAGAUCGCCGUGGUUAUGUUCCAGGGGAGGCAAUUAUCAUAAAUGCUGAGAUUGUGAACAACUCUGACAGAUUAAUUACAUCUUCUAGGGUCAAACUGAUAAUGAACAUCUCAUAUUUUGCUGAUGGCAAUACACGCUUUGAAAAACGAGAUGUGGCGAGGUUGGAGCAUGGUCCCAUUGACCCAGAGGGAUCAGAUACUUGGAAUGGGGACAGACUGAUCAUUCCCCCCAUACCUCCGUCCCCGCUGGCCAAUUGUAACAUUAUACAGAUGGAGUAUGUUAUUGAGUUGAAAGCUGAUGUAGACAACACCCCAUUUGACCUUGAGGUGCCAUUGAGUGUCACAAUUGGGACAGUGCCCCUCCAUACCUACCUGCCCCCUCCUGUACCAAUGCCAGAAUUACCAGUGGACCCUUCAGGCAUCAUGAUGUAUGAGACUGGAGGACAGCCUAUCACUGUGCAACCAGGGGCCACUCCUUCUGUUCCCCCUCCAUCAUAUGGUGACAGUGUGUUUGGUAAUGUGGACGUCACUAGUGAGAGAUCAGGGGAUGAACGGCAAAUGAUGCAAUAUACCCCCCAGUAUGCAUACUACAACUAGGAAAACUAACUCUGAAGUGUACAUCCCAGUAUGAAUCUACAAAUGGAGAGAUUGAAUCACCUAGAGUGUAUGUCUUCGAAGGAUACAACUAGAAAAACUGAAUCUCAUCCGGUUUACACCCCAGUACCAGGAAAACUAACUCUAGAGUGUGCAUCCAAGUAUGAAACUUAAUCUAGGGAAACUAAAUCCCCUAAUGUAUAUACAAUGUAUAUACCCCAGUUUGAUAUUACAACUAGGGAAGUUAAUUCUACAGUGUACACCACAGUAUUACAUCCAGGGAAACUAAAUCUUCACCACUUUUCAUCCAGUAUUAUAUAUCCUACAACUAGGGAAAGUAAAUCUCCUAUAGUGUGCAUCCAAGUAGGAAAAUACAUCUUAGAAACAACUUAGGCUCCACCAGUAGACAUUCCAGUUUGAUACUGAACCAGGGAAACUUCUUCUGCAACAAUUUAUAUCUCAGUAUUGUCCUCCAACUAGGGAAACUGAAUCUGCUCCAGUUAACACCGUAGGGUGCUAAUCAAACCUCAUGGGAAACUUAAUUACCACAGGUUUAUCCCUAGGGUGGUAAUCAAACCUCAUGGGAAACUGUAUCUCCACCAGUUUAUAACCUAGCAUCACUACUAUUGUAGAACUACCUGCUAUUAUCCUGUCCUGAUCAUUUGUCCUACUCUUUUUUGAUAUACUGGCUGUUUGUAGUCAAUGUUGACCUGGACUGGCUGUUUGUAGUCAAUGAUGAUGUUGACUGGCUGUUUGUAGUCAAUGAUGAUGUUGACUGGCUAUUUGUAGUCAAUGAUGAUGUUGACUGGCUAUUUGUAGUCAAUGAUGAUGUUGACUGGCUAUUUGUAGUCAAUGAUGAUGUUGACUGGCUAUUUGUAGUCAA